AUGAAUGAAAUGGAAGCAAAUAGGAGAUCUAAUUUUUUUGCUGCAAGUGGAAAAAGGGUAAUGCAAGAAUAAUAAGAACAAGUAAAUUAUUUAAUUCAAGCAGAUGUCGAUUCGAGAAGAUUAAAAAUAUAAGUUAUAAUAAUAUAAUGAUGAGUAAAAAUUAGAAAUACAAGAACCUGUUCCCUUCUAUUUACAAAGAAAUGAUCGCCCAUCAAAAAUAACAGCUGCAGAAAGAAAAGAAAUAAUUCGAAACAUAGAAAUAGAAGCAAACAGAAAUUCUGAUGGGGGAAUAUUUGCAAAAGUAUAUAAGCAAAAGGAUGCAAAAGAUUAAUAGUAAUAGACAUAAAAGCAAGCAUUCAUUGAUGAAAUAUAAAAGUAAAUAGACGAAAAGAAAAAGAGGAAAGAGGAGGAAAGGUAAAAACAAAUUGAAGAGGAUAGAAAAUAUGAAGAAAAAUUAAAAAAGGAAAGGGAAAAAAUAAGUUAAAAUUAGAAUAAAGAAGAUGACAAGAAGCUCAUUAUUAAAACGAUUAAAAAUAAACAUCUUAGACAAUAAUAGGAUGAUUCAAAGUUCAUUUUCAAUGAAUUCGAAGAUCACUAGAUUAAUUUAACUAAUAAUAAUAUUGUUCCUAAUUAUCUCAAAGAAGUUGAUGAUAAAUAUGAUUAAGAACUUAAACAUAAAGUAAAUCCUCACACUCCUUUAACGAAAUUAUAAUCUUAGAGAACCUUGCAAGAUUAAAAUUUAAUAAAUAUUACAUAUAACCCUCCCAACACAGCUGGUCAAAAUUAAAAUAGUACCUCAUUUAGAAAUAAUUCAUAACAUUAAUAUAAUUAACCAUUAAAUUAAUAUGAAAUAUAGUAAAUGCAAUAACAAUAAUAAUAAUAGUUAUUUCAAUAGUAAUCCUAUCAAGAUUCUUACUAAUAGUCUAAUUAUCAAUAUUAACCAAUCUAAUAUAGAUCUGCUAUGCCAUAAAUAAUUUAGUAGAUUUAAUAGGAGCAAUAGGAAUUAUUGGAGAUCAAUAAAUUUAAAAGUAGAGAAUAAGAAUAAGGAAUAGAAAAAUUGAAAGAAGAAAUUGAAUUUUAAUCUAACAAAUGGAAUGAAGAGUUGAGAAGACUAAGGGGAGAGGUUUAAAUAAAUACUGAAAAGAAAAAUAGAGCAUUUUAUGAAUUAUACAAUCUAAAGGAUGAGCUGAAAAAACAAUAAUUAUUUGAAGAGGCUAAUUUGAAAUUGGUGAAAUAAUAGAUUGCAAAUAGGAGACCUGAUAGUUUAGCUAGUACUGAAAAGAAAUUAAUCACAGAAAGUGAUUAUAAAAAGAGUUCACACUAAAGCAGACAACUAUCUAAUAUAGAAGAUAAUUUAUUUCUUGAAACUUUUGUAGAUUAAAUAUGA